CCACCCUUUGCAAAAUCCUCUUCAUUCUUCUACUUCUUUUGCAUACGUUCAUAUUGUUAUGUGGGUAUUCUUUUGCUUCCAUUUAUCAUGAGCAACAUCCCAAGAUCUCUCACCGACUCUUCCCUAACCCUCUUCAACCUUGCCAUAUCAUCCUCUGACCCCUGGCCUUUCUCACUCGUUUUCUUAUAGCCCUAAUUAACGUGUUAAUAAUUCUCACUCCACUUUUCUUAAACCUUGCUCUUUCUUUCUUUUUUUCCCCUAUCCCUUUAGCUUAAUUUUUUGGCUACGUUAUGGGGAUCCUUAGCGAUCAUCAUAAUCAGAAGCAUCACCACCACCACCAUCAUCUCAUGAGUUUUCAUUUGCACAUUCCUCACCUUCAGUACUUUCACCAUCACCAACAACAAGAGAAGAAGGAGGAUCUGAAGGACAUUCCAAAAGGGUGUUUGGCCAUCUUGGUAGGGCAAGGGGAGGAGCAACAGAGGUUUGUGAUCCCUGUGAUGUACAUGAACCACCCAUUGUUCAUGCAGUUGCUGAAAAAAGCUGAAGAGGAAUACGGGUUCGACCAGAAAGGCCCCAUCACCAUUCCUUGCCACGUGGAGCACUUCCGCUCUGUUCAAGGCUUGAUUGAUAAGGACAAAUCCCUCCACCAUGGCCAUCACCACCAUGCUUGGUGCUUCAAAGUUUGAUUCAUCAGUCACACUCUAGCAACAUGAAUUUUUAAAUUUUAAAAUCAUGUACAUGAUAUUUCUUGUUUAUUUUUAUUUUAGUUUUGUCAUUGUUUUCCUAAUUUUCCACGACACCUUGAAUGUGGCGUUGUACUGUUGGUAUAAUGAUGUGAUGACGACGAAAAUCUUUGGAUCUUAAUUUGCAUGAUUUUUUUCCUUUCUGGGUACUAUUAAUGUUUGAUCAAUGGAAAAUGAAACGAGAAUUAUAGGAUUUGUGAUGUGA